GGAUCACACUGUUUUAUUGUGCAGUACGCAGAGCACUUCUGCUUUCUGGUGAAAUGCAGUCUUGUGGCUAGCUCUUUAGCAGCGAGGAUGAGAGAGACGUGGACUUGGGAUAUACUCACUUCUAACAGUGAAGAACUGCUCAUAUAAUAAAGGUAGGUAGGGAGAAAAUCACCCUCUGGCUGGUUUUCUUUUAUAUUAAGAAAUAUUGAGAAGGAGUUCUAUUAACUGGAGCUAAGUGAUGGCAUUUUCACCGUAGGUGGUGAUGGUGAUACAGAUGACUUUCUAUAAAAUGGUACAACUAUGUCUAAAGAGUACUAUGCUCUAUCAGUACUUCAGCUACUUAGCAGACGCAUUAGAGUCUUCUUUAAGCUGAAAUAAUCACUACUGGGGUUUAUUCACUGAGCUAAGAAUUGUGGAGAACUGACAAUGGAAUUGCGAGUUUAAGGGAAAAAAAUUAAUGGAAAUAUUCUCCAACUCCCAUUAUCCAAUGAAAUGGCAUAGAAUGGCGCUUAAUCACCAAAAGCCUUUCAAGACUGGCGAACGGAAAGUGAUGCUAAAUUUCAGAAAAUAGUCUUGCAAACCAAGAAUGCAUUUAGUAACAUGUUUGCCUUGCAUUUUAUAGGGAAUUGUUUCAUUUUUUUUUUUUUAUUACAAUUUGCGGUGCAGUGAUACAUACAUGGAGAUAGACAUGGCGGUACACGAAGGCGUAUCGUCAAAUAUAAGAUAAAUUCUCCGUUAUAAUUCACACAAAAUAAUAGGUUGCACAUUUUAAAUAAUAAAAAAGUAAAGAGGAAUAACACACAUAAACAGGCUUGAGCUGGAUCAUUAGGCACUAGGUGAGCAAUAUGUAAAUCUAGCCAAGCUUAAACUAUGCUGCUUAUGUCACAAAUAAUUGUCGGCAUAAGGAUAGCAUAUAGAACAAACAUACGUGCAAAUAUGGCCACAGUAACCAAAGAUGUCAUGUAAUCAGCCUAUGCCGAGAAUGGGAAAGACAAUAGCAGAGGGAUUGCUAGGGAUCCAUAUGAAACAUAAACUUGGGAGGAAUAAAGCCUGCCACCAACCCCAGGUCUGAACAUAAGCCUGCAUUGCUUGCUCACUUGUCCAGUGACCCUUGGCACCCAAAAUAGAGGUGCGGGAGGAAUCUGCAGCUUAUCUGAACUGUAGACCACCAGAAACCCUCUAGGAUUGUGAGCCAUGCAUGCAGUACCUUCUUCGCUAGACCCUUGGUCCAGGUAAGUGGCUGCGAGCAAAGAAAGCCCUGGAUGCUGUGAUUUUGUGAAGCUGCUUGGAGCUUAUAGUCUGGGUCAGAGAGCCUACUGGUCCAAUCUUGCCCAAAAUCUAGCGUACCUGUCAUCAAAAGCUUGUAGGAGGGGCUGGCAGGUCGCUUGGUUAUCGCAGCCAGUUUGGAAACGUGGCUUCUGGUUCAAUCACAACUUUUCUCUGUUAAAGGGACACUAUAGUCACCUGAGCAACUUCAGCUUAAUGAGGUUGUUCAGGUGAGAACUAUAGCUCCCUGCAGCCUUUCUCAUGUAAACACUGUAUUUUCUGAGAAAAUACAGUGUUUACAUUGAAAGCUAGGAACACCUCCAGUUGCAGUCACUCAGAAUGCCACCAGAGGGACUUCAGAGUUGAUUGAGGCAUAAAACUCCUCAAUCCACUCAGAUCUGCUGUCAGCAGAGCACAGGACAGCACUGUGUCUCCUCCCUCUGCAUGCAGACACUGAACUUUCCUCAUAGAGAUCCAUUGAUUCAAUUCAUCUCUAUGGGGAGAUGCUGAUUGGCCGGGCUGUGUUUGAAUCAUGCUGGCUCUGCCCCUGAUCUGUCUCUUUGUCAGUCUCAGCCAAUCCUAUGAGGAAGCAUUGUGAUUGGAUCAGGCUAUCACUUCUGAUGAUGUCAGCAGACUGCUUUUUUUUUUUUUUUUAGGCAAACAGGAUGCAGAGAUACAGCUUAUGGCUUGAACACAGUAAGAUUUUGCUAUAUUUAUGGAGGCAUGAGGGGUCCAGGGGGGCUAGAUGGUGGUGUUAACACUACAGGGUCAGGAAUACAUGACCCUAUAGUGAUCCUUUAAUUCAAGAAGUAGGACACACAUUCAAGAAGUAGGAUAAAAUUUGGGACAGAGAGACAGAGACUGAAAAUGAUGACUGCCACGCCAAACGCAGGGCUGUUGGCAAGUACAUUAAUCUAAAGAAUGACAUUAUUCUAAGCAUCAUCACAACUUUGCAAGAUUGCAAAAGUGGGGGAGUAUAGAGAAUCCCUAUUGCAAAAUGUAUUUUGCUUUCGGAGUUUACUUAUGAGGGGUAGCCCUGAUACCAGCAUCACUCUAGUUUAUAGAGAUGAGUCUCAGCAUCAAAACAUUUUACAUAGAGACUCCUUGCCUACUCUUAGAUAUGAAAGUAGCUAAGGACUGCAGUGAUUUGUAAAAGAGUUUGCUACAGCUCUAACCCAGCCCUUCAGAGCUGUCAAUCAGGCAUGAUGGAAUGGGAGUUUGAACUUGCCUGUGCAUGGACAUAGAUGCACAUAGGCCGGUUUACAACUGUGUAUGAAGUGAUGAUAGCUGUGUAUAAACUGAUCAAUUUAUAGAGCAGUUCCAAUCAUCCUGUGUGAUAAGUGGAACUGCUCCUUUGGAGUCACGUACUACUCAUUCCAUAAAUCCUGCUUACCAAGAGUUUAUCGAAAAAGAUCAGACCCUGCAGGACAGAAUGAGACAUUCCUUAUUGCCCACAGAUUCGUCUCCUCAGAACUUUGAAUGAAACAUUUUGUUUUUAAUUUUUUAUUGUAUUUUUGCCUUAUUCUGUACUAAUAUAUAUAUGUAUAUGAAAUAAAAAAAUAGGGGUGAAUUUUACUCACAUUUCCCUUUUAAAUCCAAUUCUAAGUUACCAUGUUUCCGGUUUAUGCUUCUUUCUAUAAAUGAUGAAAGGUGAUGGUCAUUUCUUCAUGUUAAUAAUAGGAACAAGGAUUAUGCAUUAAAGUGAGAAUUUUGGGGAAUUCAACAUGAAAACCAAUUUUAAAGCCAAAGUAUCUGAACUUGAAGCAGAUCUGACUUGGAGAAUGUUUUAUGUUUGGCUAUUUUAACCUUAUAUUUUAAAUGCACUUUGAAUUCUUACUUUUCUCACUUUAGUAAAAAACCCUAUAUAUAUAAAUUGGUUUGCUUUUUUGCAGUUUUCCCUUGUGAAUGCCUCUUCUCAUUUUCUGUAGCGUGAACCUCUUACAUAGCCAAGGGCCCAGCCCUUCUCACCGCCCAUCCCACUACACAUUGCCUUGAGAUGUUAUCUGAUAAAUAGUCAAUUACCACCUGUGCCCACAUUUAUAACCCUCUUAACUCAUUAACAUGUCCAAGAGGCAUAUGGUGUGCAAUGUCCAUGUUAACAUGUGCUAGGCAGAUAGUGUGCACUGGAUUUAACCCGUUGAGUUCUAUACAUGUUUCACCCACGCCUGUUAUAGAACAAGUUUUAGAAAAGAAAAAUUGCUCUAUAACAUUUACUACAAUACCUGUAGGAUAAUGGUACAUAUUUAUUUAAAUUAGGGUUAAGUAGUUAAAACCCUAUGGACACGUACAUCAUUACAUUGAUUUUGAAGCUGCCAUCUACAAGAUAUUUUCCUGGACAGCUAUGAGUUCCGCAUACUGUCAGGUUGUACAUAAAUAGUGCUACCCAUGUGAGCAUUGAAAACCAAUUAUCUUGUCUUUGCGUUUCUCGUGGGAUCUCAGUUAAGAUUAAUAUAUUGACAUCUGUGGGUGGAUGUUCUUGCCAAUGUUACCAUAAAAUGUAACAGUAGCAAGGCUGCCAUGCCGCUUUGGUGCAGCUUGUGGCCAGGAUAUUAUUUAUUUUACGGUAUAUUUGAUUAGCAGCUUCAGAUAAUGUGGAGUGUUGUAGUUGUAGUACACUUUCCCGCACACUUUCAAAUCUUCCCCCAGGCCUAAAAUCCUUUAAGAGAUCCCUCUCUACAUAUCUACAGAAUGCACGUGUUAUGGUUGAUUAUAUAUUUCCUACCUGUUAUAUGUUAAAUUUUGUAUUUAUUGUGUAUUAAUAUUGUUUUUGUAUUUUAUUGUACCCUAAUUGUAUCAAUGCAAUGUUUUGUGGACCCAGGACAUACUUGAAAACGAGAGAAAUCUCAAUGUAUCUUUCCUGGUAAAAUAUUUUAUAAAUAAAUACUAUAAGGGUUCCAAAGAAAAUAGACCUGGUUUCGAAUUUAAAAUAGCACAAACCUUUAAACAUAACUUUUGUGUCUAUAAUCACACUUUAUGGCCCAAUCUGACCAGUUCAAUUCGGAAUACAGAGGCAUUAUGUGACAAACCGUUAGAUAGAGAGAUAGACAGACCGAAAUAACAGAGGGGUGUGUGUUGUGUCAUCGCCAAAGAUAAGCAUGACCUUCCCAAAUUGAGCAUGUUAGUUCAAUGCUCUGCCAGGACAUUCCGUGCGUAGAGUCCUGUUGAAGUGCUCUUACAUGGAGAUGUGUGGCUAAUAACUGUGAUAUGCUGUAUAGAUACAGUGUGUACGUGAGUGUAGGGACUGUAAUGUUAAUAUAGAGUAUGUAGUUGAGUUGUGUGUGUGUCUACAGGCUGUAGUGUGUGUAGGUGCUGUAAAGAGGGUGUAGAGUAUAUGUGUGUGUGUUUAGGGGCUCUAGUGUGCAUGGGAUGUGUCCAAGAGAUGCAGUGUGCAUAAGGGAUAUAGUGUGUGCAUUAGAGUUUUACAUGUGUGUAUGUGGGAUGUACUGCAUAUAGUGGAAGUGUUUUGCGCAAUAGAUGUAGUAUGUGGGAUGUAGUGUAUGCGUGUACGUGUAUAUUUGCUUUGGUGUGUGCGUGAAUGUAUGGGGUGGAAAAUGGGUUCUUUUGUCAGGGUGAGUUAGGCAUUUAAGGCGUAUGCCUAACGGAUAAUUAUUAUAAUUAAAAAAAAGAAACUCCCCCCCCCCACUCCCCGAUUCUUACAUUGGGGAGGAGAGGACAUUUUGAUCCUUAGUGGUACAGUAACAGACUCUUCUCUGCACCUCCUCUGUGUGCAGGCUGACCACAUACCUCUCACAAGCUCCAGCUCUGUGAUAAUUUAGGAACAUUUCUGUGGUAACCCAUGGCAAUGCUCUGAAUGGUCUCAUGGAAGGAAUACUUUUCAGUCUGCACCUGGCUGAGGUACUUACUUGGGUGUUUACAGGCCUCUUCCAGCAGACACUUGGACUUUUCACCCCACAAGCAGGUGCAACCUAAGGCAUACACCACUGCCUCCUUAUGGGGGAGUGCAUGACUCUAAAUUGUAUGGGUAGCUGACAGGUGUACUGACAGACAUGGGGAACAUAUUGUACUUACCCGUAACAAGCAGCAAAGUUUAAGUGUACAAAUAAAGUAAUAGACAGGUAAAUAAAAAUUCCAUUUUCAUCUGAUUAAACACAGUAUCACGGCAAUUACAAAGACUUCAAAGAAGGACAUUAAAAAUAUCUAUAAAAUUGUUGUUUUUUUUCCUGCUUUAAUUAUGAAAAAUAAAAAUGUAUCAAUAAAACUGGAUUACUGUUGGCUGCAUUCCAACCCGAUAAAGCAAAUAGCUAUCCUCCUAUUCUGUAUACAAAGGUAUGGCAGUGAGCUGACCAGUGGACUUUAACCCUUUAAAAAAAAAAAAAAAAAAACUACACGUCUUUCUAGUACUCGUCAGAUUAACCCUAAAUGAUGAUCUGCUAAUUUACAAAGUUACUGAGAAAUAAAAAUAAAAAAUAACUUGUAGGCUGGAGCAGUUACUCCGCAAUGGGUGCUAUAUUAGCCUAAAUUUGGCAAUUCCAUGUUCAAUUCAAUCUUAGCAAAAUUCUGUGUUAGCAAAUAAGCCAACUAGUGUGAGAUACAACUAUAGAGGUUUAUUCACUAAGUCACUAAUAAACAUGCAAUUGUCAUAAAAAAUACUCAGUGAGAACAAUCUACUUGACUACUUUAACCAUACCUUUGCAGUUUGACCAUUCUCUGUAUAAUGAAUAGUAAAAUGAGUGAAUUACUAUAUUCAAGUAUAUUAAAAGUAUGAAAUUGUCUGUUCUGCCUUUAAGUACUCGACAAGUCCUGUGCAAAGAAAGCAGUUGCUUAAAGGGACACUAUAGGCACCCAAACCACUUUAGCGCAUUAAAGUGGUCUGGGUGCACUGUCCCAGAUCCCUUAACCCUGCAAAGCUAAUUAUUGCAGUUUUUAAGAAACUGCAAUAAUUAGCUUGGUGGGUUAACUCCACCUCUAGUGGCUGUCUACUAGACAGCCACUAAAGGGACUUCUGUGCCGUCAAGUGACUUUUGGUCACCUAACUGAUGCUAGACAUUCUUACGCUAUGCAUGGGGACGUCCAGCAUCACCCAGAACACCAUAAGAAAACUUUGUAGAAUGCUUGUUUAUGGGGAAAUCCUAAUGCGAGAGCGUUAUUGCCGCGCAUGCGCAUUAGGUCUCCCCCGCCGUCUGGCGUGGGCGGGGGAGGAGCAUAGGCCCACCAGAGAGAGCAUCGAGGGACAUUGGCACCUGACAAAGGUAAGUGACCGUUUUUAACCCCUUCUGCACAACAGAGGGAAGUAUGAGGGCGAGGGGCAAAAAGGAGGGGUGUCAAUAGUGCCAGGAAAAGCAAUACAGUUUCUAAAAAAAAAAUAUGUAGAGAUAGAAAAUAAUGUUCUGACUUAUUGAUCAGUCUUCAGAAAGCAGCCAAGUUUAAAUUCUGGUCAGUGAUCAGAAAAUGCACACGUUUGCUUGACCUAAUUCCAGUCACACUUUGUGAGAUUUAUCAAGGCAAAAACAGGUGAUAUUAUUGAGUAACGAGGUAAAUAUGGACUAAUCACCGUGGAAACCAAUAGAAUGCCUCUCAUUAUUACAUUCAAAAUGGCACCGGUGUAUUUUAAAAGGCAGUCUUUCUGGAGCAAUGAUAUAAGAUAUAGCUUAAAAGUAAGCAUAUAUAUUUCAAUGCAUUUGAAGGCAGUUAAAAUAAAAACAAUGCUUUUUUUGCUUUUCAAUAUUAUCUCUUAAGUCUCUAAAAUCCCACCACUUCUGCAAGUUGUGCAGCUGAAUUGGUCCACUUCUUUUUUUUUUUUUGCACCAACUUCCUUAUUCAUGGGGCAGUACCCAAUCCUGUGCAUUGACAAAAGUAUUGUAGACUGGACACGAUGAACAUAUUUGGAAGCUAUAAAAACACAUGUUAAAUAUAUAUUAAAACAAAUAUGUAUAUAUUAUUAAAUACUAGAUCUUUUACACAUUAUAUAUAUUUAAAAUAAAAUGCUCACAUUGUUCUGAAACAGGUUCACAAAUAUGUUUCUUUGACAAGUCUGCAACCCUUUUAAGAAUUCAGCUCAUUGAAGUGGUGUGGGUGCAAUGUCCCAUGUACCUGGCACCACAGAAUCCCUUUAAGUGAGAACUUGAUCUAAUCUCUAAUCUCACACAGGAGGCAGCUGUGUUCUAGCAAGCAAUUAAUUUAGCAUGCGAUAGGAAUUUGUACGAUAAACACCCUCAGUGUACUGACUCGCUGUACAAGAUUCCAAAUGAAGACUUCUUUACAGGCCGCAUUAGCAGAAUUAGAAAAUUUUUGCAAGUCGACUAUGCAGUUUUGCUAUUGUGACCUAAAAUGUGAGAUUUACUUUUAAUUCUCUAUAUUUCACAUUUUUAUGAAUAAACUGUUCAGUCAAUUUCCCUUUGGUAUUACUGAAUAAACCUCAUUGUCUAUAUUUAAUUUUGCAUCUGCAUGUCUAAAACUCUACAUCUGGUAGGCAUGUACCUACCACCCAUUCAAAUAAAAUAGGCUAUCCUAAUUCUUUUUGACCUUUCUGCGGCUUUUGACACUGUUGAUCAUCAACAGCUUCUUCUCAUCCUCCGCAACAUCAGUCUACAAGAUAUUGCUCUCUCCUGGUGCUCCUCCUACCUCUCCCAACACUCUUUCAGUGUUUCUUUCUCUGGCUCUGCUUCUUCUCCCCAACUCCUCUCUGUUUGUGACCCCCAAGGUUCAGUCCUUGGUCCCCUACUGUUCUCCAUCUAUACUGCCUCCUUUGGUAAACUCAUUAGCUCCUUUGGCUUUCAAUAUCAUUUCUAUACGGAUGACACGCAAAUCUCCUCUCCUGAUCUCUCCCCGUCCCUCUUGACUAGUGUCUCUGACUGCCUCUCUGCUAUUUCUAACUGGAUGGCUGCCCACUUCCUUAAACUCAACCUGUCCAAAACUGAAAUUCUGGUCUCCCUCAAGUGUUGCUACUACUGUGUCUGUCUCCCUCCAAGUCAAUGGUGCUAACAUCAGCUUCACCACGCAGGCUCACUGCCUAGGUGUUCUCUUUGACUCAGACCUCUCCUUCACACCUCAUGUUCAGUCUAUUGCCAAAUCCUGCCGCUUCCAUCUCAAAAACAUUGUGCGCAUCUGACCCUACUUAACGCCAGAUGCGACUAAGGUGCUGGUCCAUUCCAUUGUCCUUUCUCGCCUUGACUACUAUAAUCCGCUUCUCAGUGGUCUUAAGUGCUACCAACUUGCACCGUUACAGUCCAUAAUGAAUGCGGCGGCAAGGCUCGUCAGCCCGCACCGCCCACGCCUCACCGUUCUGUCAGUCCCUACAUAUCCUGUAAGAUAUAGGGAGCAAAUUCAAAUUCUGGUUCUUGCUUUCAAAUCUUACAUAAUGCUGCUCUCACCUAUCUAUCUUCCCUAGUACACAAGUAUGUCCUGUCUAGGCCCUUACGCUCUGCUGCAUACUUACGUCUAUCUUCUGUCCAUACUCCCACUUUUGAUGUUCGCCUUUAAGACUUCUCCAGGGCUGCACUGUUCCUGUGGAACUCACUUCCCUCCUCUGUUAGAUGCUCCCUCAGUCUCCACUCCUUCAAAAAAAUCAUUAAAAACUCACUUCUUCAUAAAAGAGUAUCAAUUAAACUGUAAAUAGCUCCCGACUGAUUCCUCUCUUGCAAUUGUCAUUAGUCUAAUACUAACCUUACCUUUUGUGUCAUUUUACCCCACUCCCUCUAGCAUGUAAGCUCAUUGAGCAGGGUCCUCUGUUCCUGUGUGUCAAACUUGUCUGGUUACAACUACAUGUUUGUUCGUCCACCCAUUGUAAAGCGCUGCGGAAUUUGUUGGCCCUAUAUAAAUAAUAACAUAAUAAUAAUGUGUUUUGCGUACACUCAAAUGAUUAGAUUGAUUAUACUAACGCUUUUUUGUCUCUUUAAAGGUUUUACCAUGGGAGGUCAAAAUUCUAAACCUUUGCAUAAAAAGCAAGCUCGGGUUGUGAUGAUGGGACUGGACUUUUCUGGAAAAUCAACGAUUCUAUAUAAACUUAAAAUGAAUCAAACUAUGGAGACCUUUCCGACUGUUGGAUUCAAUGUGGAGUCCCUAGAAAUGGCUAAAAAUGUUUCUGUAACUAUUUGGGAUGUUGGUGGUCAAGAUAAACUCAGAUCGAAUUGGAAGGAGUAUCUAGAAGAUACGGAUGCCUUAAUAUUUGUGGUGGACAGCUCUGAUGUACCCAGACUACCAGAUGCUGCAGCAGAACUUGUGACUGUUUUAAACAAUGAGAACAUGUUAGGAGUUCCAUUUUUAAUUUUGGCCAACAAGCAUGACCUACCUGGAGCUUUGUCUGCGAAUGAACUGACACAAUUUUUAAAGCUGGAAAACUAUGAUGACAGAGCAUUUGAGAUUCUCCAUUGCAGUGCAUACACUGGAGAAGGAUUGGCUGAAGCCAUGAACGCGGUGGCUCGGCUACUGAGAAGGUCUUGAAACUCUAAAAGGCUAUUUAUUUUACAAUACUUGACAUUAAACUGAAUGUAAAACAACUGACAAGAAGUUUAUUUUCUGAGCAGUUUAUAUAAUUCCGAGCAUUAUGUGGAUAUUUUUGGCAUUUCAUUUUUAUAAUUUUAAUUGAAUUAUUAGACUGAUAUGACUUGAAAAAGAUAGGGGUCACAAAAUGCAGAAACAAGCUGAUUAGCCAAGGCUGCCAAACUGUACCUCGCCACCUCCUUCAAAAUGGUCUAAGACUACCACUACCAUAAUUCUUUGCCAGUCAUAGGCUUGCAAUGCAUUUUGGAAGUUGUAGUUUUUCAGCAAUAUAAGGCGAUUACUGUUUGAUAAACUUGCUUUAAGCAUCAACAGCUCUCUGUACCUCUUGAGCUGGUUAUAAUGAUGUACAUGUUGUGUUUUAAUUCCUUCACACACCUGCAUUGUAUAUAUAUUGAUACGUUAUUAAAACUCAAUGUAAUUAUGCUUUUUGUUAAAUCAGGAAAAAAUAACAUGUUUUAAAUGCACCUUCAAUAAGGAAAAAUAUAUAUAUUUUUUGCACCAUGGUAUAAGAGAAACACCGUGACUAUGACUAUGUGACUAUGAUGGUGCCGAACACAUGUCUAUUAUGGUAAUGGUGCUUUUUAAAGAUUUAUAGUGAUAAUUAUAGGAUGGAAUGAACACUCUAAUUUCUCAGAAGAAAAAUAGUUCUUCAUUAUAUUUGCUGCAAAAGAUAAGCAGGUAGUGCUAGUGCAAGCAAGUAAAUUUUUGACCAACCCCUGCCCACUUUGAACCCAAUUCAACUCACUUUAAAAUAUCCCUCAAGUUUUUUUCAUGCUCCUACGAUAAACUGCCCAGAAUGCCUUUAAAUUAUAUUUCUUAAUAUUACAUUUUGUAGUAGUGUCUUUAGGUUUUCUGUCUUUAAAGGACCACUCUAGGCACCCAGACCACUUCAGCUUAAUGAAGUGGUCUGGGUGCCUGGUCCAGCUAGGGUUAACCCAUUUUUUCAUAAACAUAGCAGUUUCAGAGAAACUGCUAUGUUUAUGAAUGGGUUAAGCCUUCCCCUAUUUCCUCUAGCUGCUGUCUCAUUGACAGCCGCUAGAGGCGCUUGCGUGCUUCUCACUGUGAUUUUCACAGUGAGAGCACGCCAGCGUCCAUAGGAAAGCAUUAUGAAUGCUUUCCUAUGUGACCGGCUGAAUGCGCACGCAGCUCUUGCCGCGCGUGCGCAUUCAGCCGGCGGGGAGAAGAAGAGGAGGAUCGGAGGAGGAGAGCUCUCCGCCCAGCGCUGGAAAAAGGUUUUAACCCCUUUCCUCUCCCCAGAGCCGGGCGGGAGGGGGUCCCUGAGGGUGGGGGCACCCUCAGGGCACUAUAGUGCCAGGAAAAUGAGUAUGUUUUCCUGGCACUAUAGUGGUCCUUUAAGUAUAUGUGAUGUAAGUCUUGCUCAGAUAUCAGCAGACAAUUAUACUUCUAUAAGUAGUAAAUGACAAUGUGAUGUUGAGCUACGAGAGAAAGCACAGUUAGUUUUACGUGUGUGGUGAUCCCAUCCUGGCACAUGUAGGCACAUGGAAACUAUGGAUUGGCACUUACAUAUGUUGAUUGGUGGUCAAAUUCUACUUUCUAAUGUGAUUUCUAAGGAUCUAAGCUGAGAUGUUUAUAUUUUUCUUAUCGUUUUGUUCUGAGUCGUCAUGUCAAAUAACAAGAUUAUGAAUAGCAUAUCAUACUUAACCUAGCUUUAUGAAAGGCUAGGCCUGAAAAACCUGCUUCAGAAAGGUUACAGUUCAAAACACCUAUGGAGUAACGUAACUUAAAUCAAUGAGAAGACAAAAGCCAUUCUUCUGUUGAUAGUUUUGGAUGUCGGGUUUCCUCGAGAGACCAAACAAAUAUUAGGCCAAGUGAAAUCCUUUGUUUUUACUUCAGUGACAUUAAUGGUGUGGUUGCCUAGAAACAUGUAGAUUCCAAACUUACAGUAAUAAUCUAUUUAGCUGGUUGUUCUGCCUGACAAAGAAACCUCCUAAUGCAUUUUAUUUGCUGUAUCUAAUAUUAUAAUGUAUUGUUGCUAGAAAGGUAUAUACAAUGUAAACAGACUGUAUAGUUUACACAUCUUCCUGAAUCAGCUUCUGGUCCAUUUUGACAUUACAAUACUGGGGACACAUCUGCAAAUGUAUGUGUUUUUCCCCAUAAUGUCUGGGUUUGAUAGAUGAGCUCCAGUUAAUACUCUGUAGGGGAGCCCUACACAUUUAUAGGUACUUCAUCUGCCUGCCUCAUAGGGGGAGUUAUUUGCGCAAAAGAAAAAGGUUUACUCAAGUCAGGUAGAAAAGACAAAAAUGCACUAUUUACAAUCCCUUAUGUGGACAUUAAUUAAAUCAACCACAACGAAAAAGUCUACCAGCAAUUCACCACCCAUAUUGUGAUAUUCAUUAAAUCCAAACAGUUGUCUAUCUUUUUUGGUUACCAUAGGACCUAGGGUCACAAUGGAUCUGCCAUCUUGGGCGAGGUAACUCAUGGAAUCUGCAUUCAUGGUAUAUGGUCAGAGUUUUAAAUGUAAUAUUUGUGAGUGCAUUUCCUAUAAUAAAGUUUAACUUUUAUAACCAA